UCAGUGAGGUUUAACUGUGAGAAAUAUGGACAUUGUGAACACUUACUUGUGGUCUGCUGUCCAAGAAAAACUAAACUCCAUUACAAGCACAAAAGAUUUAUUGGAUGAAGUGGAGAGGGCAUUGCAAGAUCUCAUGGAUAAUUAUGUCCUUGUAGAUCAAGAAUUAGUGGCAAAUAGGCAUGGGAUGCAACUCACACCUCAAGUUCAAAGAUGGCAUGACAAGGUACAACUCCAUGAGAGACAAGAUACAAUGAAUCAGUUGAAAGUUGCUUAUAACAACAGAGGUUGCCUUCUUGGAAGUUGCUCUCUUAAUUUGUGGGCUAACUACAAGAUUAGCCAAAGUUUAAUCAAGUUAUAUAAAGAGAUCAAUAACUUGAAGACAGAACAUGAUGCUUUCAAAGAAAUAACAGAGACACAACCUCCAAGAGCAGUUUUGGAGAUUGCUACUUCAGUGACUCUUGUGGGCAACACUAUCAAGCUAAAUCUUGAGAAAGUUCGUGGUUACUUAGUAGAUGACGAUGUAUCCAUGGUAGGGAUUUGGGGCAUGGGAGGGGUCGGAAAGACAACUCUCUUGAAUGAAAUCAAUAACUCAUUACUUGGUGGUGAUACUAAUCUGGGGUUCAAGUAUGUCAUCUCUCUAGUGGUUUCAAAAGAACCUCAAUUUGAGAAGCUUCAAAAUGAGAUAUCUAAAAGGUUAGGAUUGCCUUCUGACUCUGGGAAAAGUGACAUAUUUGAGUUUUUGAAAAAGAAGAAUUUUUUGCUGCUAUUAGAUGAUAUAUGGAAGAGAGUGGACCUUCCUAAAGACCUUGGUAUUCCACUUCCACUCCGUCAAAGCCAAAAUUCCGAAAAUAGAGGUCAAAGGUACAAGCGGAAGGUGAUCUUCACAACCAGAGAUGAUGAUGUGUGUGCUCAUAUGAAUGCUCACAAGAAGAUCAAAGUUGAAUGUUUGGAAGGAGAAGAAGCAUGGCAUCUUUUCAAGCAGUUCGCAAGUGAAGAGAUCAUUAAUUCCAAUGUUAUUAUUGAACAACUGGCAAGGAAAGUUAUGAAGAAGUGCUCAGGUUUACCACUUGCCCUUAAAGUCAUUGGUCGAGCCACGUCGAAUAUGAAGACACCUGAAGAGUGGCGUCACAUGCUGAGGUCGUUAAUUAAGAUGGAUGUCAGGACUGUUACUGGUAUCGAAGAAUCAUUGUUUCACAACUUAAAGGUCAGUUAUGAUAAUUUGGCCAUUGAUACUCUCCGACAAUGUUUCUUGUGUUGUGCUCAAUGGCGUGAAGGUAUACUCAUUAAAGUCUCUGAUCUCAUAGAGCAUUGGAUUGGGUGUGGAUUGAUCAGUGAUUUUGGAAACAUGGGGGAAGCCUUUGACGAGGGAUAUUCUCUCAUUGCAAAAUUAAAUGAAGCAUGUUUGUUGGAGUUUUUCGAUAUUGAUGAACGUUAUGUCAAAUUGCAUGAUGUGAUUCACAAUAUGGCACUGUGGAUUGUGUUCGAGUGUGGGAAGAAAAAGAACAAAUGUAUUGUUGGUGCAAGUGUUAAUGACUUAAGCCAAUUUUUAAAUUGGGAAGCAGGCAACUGUGAGGAGACAGAACUAAUAUCGUACAAUGGUCCUUUCUAUGGCGAUAGUCUCCCGAAAUUUUUAAGUGAUCAAAAUAUUGACGAAAAGGGCCAAGUUUCUGUUGCAGCGACUUUUCCUAGAUAUCCUAAUCUCAAGAGUUUAUUUAUGACUGGAUAUUGUAGAUGUGAAACAAGGGAAAUGAUGGUUAUAAACUUUUACCCUCAUAUGCCAUCUCUCACACAUUUGAACUUAUUAGGGGCACCUAUCACGGGUCUUUCAAAAGAAAUUCGAUUUCUUGUUAAUCUUCAAUACCUCAACAUCAGCCUCACAAGCAUUCGGUCACUUCCACCUGAACUAGAAGAGCUGAAGCAAUUAAAAUACUUCUUCUUCAGAAUUCCAUCUUUUUUAACUAGUGAAGGUAAAUGUGUUCCAAUUAAAGCUGAUGGAUUGUCUGCAUUAUCAAGGUUGCCCGAGUUGCAAGUGCUUGAUCUUUAUGGAAAUACUUGUUUAGAAGCAGGUGACUUGAGGAUAUUGAUGGAUAGGAAGAGGAUUAAAGCGAUCAGUAUGGAUGUGGAAUCAGUCGAGAUUCUUCGACUUCUUAAAGAUUUGCCGACUUGGCGAAUAAAUUUGGAAAACAUACAUGAUAUGCCUACCCUCCAGCUUUGUGACUUGAGUUACAAACGUGAUGGUGAGGGUUUGAUGGAGUUACACAUCAGUGAUUGUGGCUUUGAGGACUUGUUGAUAAAUGGCAGUGGGGUCAGUCUAAAGCAAAUCAAGUUGAGUGGUCUUCCAAAGCUCAAGCAAAUCAGUUGCCCAAAAGAAAUCACUCGGCCAACAGAAGCAUUUCGUAGUGGAUGUUUCCUGAAGUUGACAUAUGUUUCCAUUAGUAAUUGUGAUUCUCUGAGGAGUCUUUCGUGGGUUUUGCAUCUCCCAUGCCUUUGUGUAUUGGAAGUAGACAAAUGUUUAGCAAUGGAAGAAUUGAUUGACCCUGCAGAGAUGCAACAAGCUUCAUCAUGCCUUCCCAACCUACAAUUUUUGAAAAUCAAGCAAAUGCCGAACUUAGUGAGCUUAUGCACAUGUCUAUUGGAUUUCCCUGUUUUGUCUAGACUUUGGUUGAAAUUUUGCCCAAAGCUCGAGCAAAUCACUCGGUCAACAGAAGCAUUUCCUAGUGGAUGUUUCCCGAAGUUGACAGAUGUUUACAUUAGUUAUUGUGACCUGAGGAGUCUUUCGUGGGUUUUGCAUCUCCCAUGCCUUAGGAUAUUAAGUGUAAGAAAUUGUUCAGGAAUGGAGGGGUUGAUUGACCUUGCAGAUCAGAUGCAGCAAGCUUCAUCAGGCCUUCCCACCUUUCCUAGACUACAAUCUUUGAGCAUCUCACACAUGCUGAACUUAUUGAGCUUAAGCACAUGUUCAUUGGAUUUCCCUGUUUUGUCUAUGCUUACGUUGAAAAGUUGUCCAAAGCUGAAGAAAAUUCCUUUCAAGUCAUCCAUUGUCAAUAAUAAAUUCGAACAUGUGACAGUUGACAAAGACUUGUGGGAGAGUUUGGAAUGGGAGGACACAACAAUCCGAUCUCACCUCACCAAGUUCCUCAAGGCAAGAUGAUUCAGACUCGGUGCCUUUUCAGCAGGAUCCAUCUGAUGCUGCUCAGAAGAUCAAGCGUUCUCUUAACUUCCUGAGCUCCAGAUCCACUGACUCUACAGGAGAAAUGGCGCAUAUCACAGACCGGGAGUAAUAUGCUUCUCUUUUGUUGCUGGACUGGCUUUUGUCUCCAGAUGGUGGACUUCGUCAGCUCAGCUCGCUAUCUUUUCCCUCAUCUACAUUAUUGUUGUUUUUUAUUCUAGUUCUGUUUACUGUUAUCCUCAUCCAUG